CUAUGUGCGCAAAAACAUAUUUUAUACGAGGAAAACGUAGCCAAAAUACAAGAAACAUCAGUUUUGUGAUUGUCCUCAAGCCAGGCAAUUCCCGUGUUUACUACGGUUUUUUUUUGUUUUUAAAUUCAAAAAUUAAAAAAAAAAUAGUUAUUGGCUUUUGUGGGGGGUCCUCUGUAUUGUGAGAGUUUCGUGAUCCAAAAGUGUAAACCCCAUUUUAUCCAAAAAAAAAAACAAAAAUUCACACAAAACCGAUCGACAAAAUUGUUUCAAAAACAAAACAGAAAAACCCAACGGAAAGGACAAAAUAGACUUCUGUGAUUUUUUUUGUGUGGUUUCUUGGUUUUGUGCUAAAACAACAAUUAAAUAAAUAGAAAAAAGUGCUUCUAAAGGGAUACAAAAGUAGAUAGAGGAAAAUGUGCAGUCAUGAGCAAACAAAUUCUCCGGAGGGUCAAUCCCGGGAAUCGGGAGAACCGGAAACACCAUCGGCACUAAGUACAGUCCUUGGACUCCUACCCUUGGAUCCCUAUCGCCUACAACUCUACAAUUAUGCCAUGGCCGAACGACUGAGAUGCGCCUAUCCACCGCCAACUGUCUAUCCACAUCCCUAUACCCCACCCCGACUGGCCCUUAGCAUGAGUCUCCUGCACAGUCGGGUAUUUCCACCAGAAGAACCAAAACCCCAACAUAGCUACAUUGGACUGAUUGCAAUGGCCAUUUUAAGUUCACCAGAAGCCAAACUUGUGCUAAGUGACAUCUAUCAGCACAUCUUAGACAAUUAUCCCUACUUUAGGAGUCGUGGACCCGGCUGGCGCAAUUCAAUUCGGCACAAUCUCAGUCUCAAUGAUUGUUUCGUGAAGGCUGGCCGAAGUGCCAAUGGCAAAGGACACUACUGGGCCAUUCAUCCGGCCAAUGUUGAUGAUUUUCGCAAAGGAGACUUUAGACGUCGUAAGGCUCAGCGAAAAGUCCGGAAGCACAUGGGAUUGGCUGUGGAUGAUGAAGGUGCUGAUUCACCAUCUCCACCGCCUGAUACCCCCCUAAUGGCCCCAUGGCAGGCUGCUCUAAGGGCCCCACCGCCCCCCUUUACACCACAUCUCCUAUCACGUCACACACGGAAACGUCAAUUUGACGUGGCCAGCCUCUUGGCGCCAGAUGAGCCCCUGGCAGCACCCCAAAUAACGCGUCCGGACGACGAAGAUAUCGAUGUUGUGGCAGAUGAUGAACCAACAACACCAACACCAUCAUGGCCCCAUCUUUUACUCCGACACGACUGGCCCCGACUCACCACCCUCUGUCAGCCCCCACAGCGCCCCCAUACACCCCCAACUCCGCCCCCAACGGCGCCCGCCUGAAAGUUCUUUUCCCGGAAAAUGGAGGAACAAUAAAAAGCCCAUCACUGGAUCAAUCAAAAA